AUGGUCACUCGCCAUCCCCGCACUCCAAGUUCAUCAUCCGGAAGCCGGCCAUCCAACCGCAACCUGUAUCAGUGCGGGAAAUGCUCGCAAUCCUAUACUCGUCUUGAUCAUCUUGCUCGUCACGUCCGAUCCCACACUCAAGAGAAACCUUACCAAUGUACUGUCUGUGAGAAACGAUUCGGUAGAAUUGACCUUCUUAGCCGGCACUCUGCCCUCCAUAGUACAGACGGUGACCAGGCAUCGAAGAGGCGUCGUCGAAACGGCAAUAAUCCGAAUCCAGUUGUACGCGCUUCUCAGGCAUGCAGUGCAUGCGCUGAGCAUCACCUUCGAUGCGACGAACAAAAACCAUGUGGACGAUGUCGACGCAGGAAGAUUCCUUGCAUGCUUCCUAUCAAACCUGGAGACACUUCCGAUAAUAUGUCCACGAACUCGCCCCAGGAGCCCGGUUCAGCGGCCAGCAAUCUUCUCCCCGAAGCUGAUGCGAGUGUAUGUCUAGAUCUGAGCCAGGGUCUUGUGCCACUUGAGACACAUCAGGCCUUCAUCGACCCCCAACUAGCAGCUCAACCCUGGCCCCAGGAAUCAGCAAAUUCGGUCUUGGAAGAUGUGAAUGGCGAUAUGUCUUCCGUUCUCUCACAGGACUUUUCGAACUUCACUACCCAGAACAGCAGAAGAGACCUUUUCGCCGCUCCGCUCCCCGAUAUCGCGAGUGGCACAAGGACACCUAGGGGACUGAUCACAUUCGGGUUGGAAACAAACCUCGACUUAAGCAUUGUCGACCUUCACUUCCUAGAGUCUUACAACAGCCGGAUACCUUUUGAAUUUGAUGAUCAAACCGCACCACUCUCGUUACCCGACUCUGCACAAGGGGAUCAGGAUGCAGAACCAAGCCGUGAUACACGGGAUACGAAGGAAGUUCGCUCAAUACAGCGCGUGAAAUGGCGGUUUGUGCCCGCUCCCCAGGAUCAUGGCUAUCAGGAGCAUGACAAUCUUUUGCUACCUGCCCAGACGAAUCUAUCCUCAACGCCACAAAGUCUAGUCGAGGUCACCAGCAAGUCAACGACAGAAUGUCUUGAUCUAUCAUCUCGCGACAGGAUCCUCAGCAUUGUUCUCAGUCAAAUUAAGCACCCUAUCUCUGCGGCAGUCCACUCGUUUCCUUCUGCAGAAUUCCUCGAUAGUCUCAUACGCUACUACUUGACUGUUCCGUUUUCUACGGCUGGCACAUGGAUUCAUCGAGCAGGGUUUAGGCCCAAGAAAACAUGCCCAGAGCUCCUUCUAUCCAUGGCGGCCGCUGGUGCCGUGCUAACGCCAGACGCCUCGCUCCGCAAGCUUGGGUUUGCUAUGCAGGAGGUUGUCCGUCUUCAAUUACCGGAUGUAUUUGAGGCAAAUAACACCAAGAUAUACAACCUUGAGCUGCUGCAGGCUUAUCUCAUGUACCUGGAGGUUGGCCUAUGGAGCGGGAAUAACAGGAAAAUUGAACUGUCAGAAGGUUUUCGACAACCAUUGAUCACGAUGGUGCGCCGGAGAGGGAUGUUCCACCACUCUGCCUAUUGUGCGAUCUUAGUCCAACCGGACGAUACUGGUGACAAACUCUACGAGAAAUGGCGGGCCUGGAUAAGACAAGAGUCCUACAAGCGACUUGCAUAUCAUCUUUUCCGCCUAGAUGCAGAGUUAUCCAUGGCGCUUCUUACAUGUCCCAUAAUUUCAUACGCCGAGUUUUGCAUUCCCCUCCCCGCCCCAUCCCAGCUUUGGGCUGCAGACUCCGCUCCCAAGUGGAAGGAGCUGUACUGCGAGCUUUACGCCCCUGGCGCUACACGCAUUCCGGCCCUGACGGAGUGCGUUGCUAAUCUAGACCUGCUGGAGAGCAGCAGGCGGGUGGCCGAUAUUAGCCUCUCUUGCUCUGCUGUUGCCCACGCGUUAUGGGGACUGGUGUGGGAAUACCGUCAGCUAAGCAGCCUUCUCGGAACCCAGUCUCGAUAUUGGGACCCUGGUCUUCUGAUGAUGACCCGCUCCCAGCAGCUGACGAAGAUGCUGGACUAUCUUCGUAUGGAAUACAAGGACGAAAGCAAUGUCAGUUUGAAUUUCAUCCUGAUGCACAUGCACAUGUCUCUCGAAGAAAUACAAACGCUUGCCACCUCGGAAGACCCUAACUGCGCAUGUGAAGACCAACCAGCCCUUAGGGAUUGGUGCAGAAGCAAGGAAGCCCGACUAGCCGUAUGGCACGCAGGUCAAGUUGUUCGCGAGCUUGAACUACUUCCCCUGCAGAGUCUAAGGGACUUCGUGGCCAUUGCCCUUUAUCAUGCCAGCUUAACGUUGUGGGCUUACGGCAUUGUGUCGAGUCAGACUAAGACAAAUGAGACCCCUCAAACCGACCUAGAGAGUAUGCAGCCUUCACCAAUACUACAAGUUCCGCGGAAAGUAUGGCUUGAUGGCGAUGAAGCCAUCGACGUGCAACGAUAUAUUUCCUUUGAUCGCGGCAUCCCAGUUCUCCAUGGGAUUCUCCCCGAAGAACCUCCGGUUUCUCUCAGAAAUUCGCGGGCAGUAUUAGAUCUGAUGGUUCGUUUAUUGGAACAGAAUCACAAUCCUGAAUCCCAGACCCAGCCUCCCCCUCUGGCUGCCAACCUCAUUCUUAUCCUCGGCAAGCUACGUGAUGUGAGCAAGUGA